AUGUCAGACCUGGUCUCAAUUUUCCUCCAGCUCCUUCUCUUCAAGUUGGUUGCCCCGGUAACCUUUCGCCACCACCGCUAUGAUGACCUCGUGCGGACGCUGUACAAGGUGCACAAUGAAUGCCCCCAUGUCACGCGGGUUUACAGCAUUGGGCGCAGUGUGAAGGGGAGACACCUCUACGUGCUGGAAUUCAGCGACUACCCUGGAAUCCACGAGCCCUUGGAACCGGAAGUCAAGUAUGUGGGGAACAUGCACGGCAACGAGGUGCUGGGCCGCGAGCUGCUGCUGCAGCUGUCGGAGUUUCUGUGCGAGGAGUUCCGCAACAGGAACCAGCGCAUCGUCCGGCUGGUGGAGGGCACGCGCAUUCACAUCCUGCCGUCCAUGAACCCCGACGGCUACGAGGUGGCCGCAGCCGCCCAGGACAGGGACAUUUCUGGGUAUCUGGUUGGCAGGAACAAUGCAAACGGAGUGGACCUGAACCGCAACUUCCCUGAUCUCAAUACCUACAUCUACUACAAUGAGAAGAACGGAGGCCCCAACCACCACUUGCCCCUUCCAGACAACUGGAAAAAUCAGGUGGAACCUGAGACCCAGGCAGUGAUCCAGUGGAUCCGCUCCUUCAACUUUGUCCUUUCAGCCAAUCUCCAUGGAGGAGCAGUGGUGGCCAAUUACCCAUAUGACAAGUCCCUUGAGCGCCGGGUCCGAGGUUUCCGCCGCACUGCCAAUACCCCCACGCCUGAUGACACACUUUUCCAGAAGCUGGCCAAGGUCUACUCCUAUGCACAUGGAUGGAUGCACCAAGGUUGGAACUGUGGGGAUUACUUCCCAGAUGGCAUCACCAAUGGGGCUUCCUGGUAUUCUCUCAGCAAGGGAAUGCAAGACUUUAAUUACCUCCAUACCAACUGUUUUGAGAUCACGCUGGAACUGAGUUGUGACAAGUUUCCGCGGCAAGAGGAAUUACAGCGCGAGUGGCUGGGUAAUCGGGAAGCCCUAAUUCAAUUCUUGGAACAGGUACACCAAGGCAUCAAGGGAAUGGUGCGGGAUGAGAAUUAUAAUAAUCUUGUGGACGCUGUCAUUUCUGUCAGUGGGAUUAAACAUGAUGUCACUUCAGGUGACCAUGGAGAUUACUUCCGGCUGCUGCUUCCAGGUACCUACACUGUCACUGCCACAGCACCCAAGUUUGACCCAGAGACAGUGAGUGUGACCGUGGGUCCUGGGGAACCCAAACUGGUUAAUUUCCAACUCAAGAGAAGCACCUCUCCAGCAGCCCCUAAGAGGAGAGGCCCCAACUCAGGGCAUAGAGGCAGAGUCUUACCAAAGAAAGUGCAGCCCCGGGCAGCUAGGAAAAAAGAAAUGAUGAUGAAACAGUCCCAGAGAGUCCCUGCCUGAAAUCCACAGUGCCCGGGGCAACAGUUUAGAAAGGCUUUGUUCCCGCUCUCACACCAGAUGAAGCAUUCUUUCUAUUUUAUUA